UCUUGACCAGUCUCAACCUGUCUCGACUGGUCUGAAUCAGCCCAUCUAAUUAAAUUAAAUAUUGAUCUUACAAAAUUCCAGGUUAUUUGGUAGUUGGUUCGUUGCUGGGAAAUUAAAGAAGUAAAUUAAUAGUUUUCAGAUGCAUCGAGUGAAAGGAGCAGGUCUCCAACAUCUGAACUUAGCUCUGACAAUAGAAACAACCCUGUCAGCCUAUGGAGCGAAAACAGAAGAGAGGUCGUGGAAGAGGCAGUGGACGCGGACGAGGCAGAGGUCAGGCGAGAGGCAGCAGAAGAGGCAGAGGUCAGGCGAGAGGCAGCAGAAGAGACAGAGGAAGUGGACAAGGAAACAGAACCCAGCUUCAAUAAGUCAACAGAGAAAGCAGAAUAGCUCAGCUUGAGAAUAGAGUCAAUUCGAUGUUUAUUGAUGACAUGCGGGAUCUAAUCAAACGCAUAUCAAAGGCACAGCCCAGUUUCCUUCUGAACAUCCUAGACAAUUCAAAUGUUGGCAAUGGGCAGCCAGCUGGACCAGCUGAACCAGAACCACCAAAACCAGACCAGCCAUCAUGGUGCUCCUGCUCUAAUUGUAGAGAGAUGCCAACACAGCAGGAGAGGCUGUGUUGCAAAAGACAGCCAUUGAAUUGCCAUUCAAGGUUACCGGAUUUCCAGCAAUGCGUUCUGGAUGAACUUGUUUUGGAGCUGGCAAUCCGGUACUGGAAUGAUUUUCUGGCACAGCCUGAAGAUGACAAUUACAACAUGUGUCAUCGCCAUGCUGCCUACAGGCAGUAUAUCCUAUAGAUACAUGGAUAUUUGGGGGCCGGCAACAGGAGGGUUAUACCGAGCUGUUGUGUUUGGAGAAUUAGGGAUAAGUAUCCCGAUGGUACUGGCCAGUAUGUUGGAUUUGUUGGUUGCAGACUUGGCUAA